ACAUGAACGUUACUCACAGGCACAUGCAGAUCUGUGAUAAAUGUGGCAAGAAGUUUGUCCUGGAAAGUGAGCUGUCCCUUCACCAGCAAACAGACUGUGAAAAAAACAUUCAGUGUGUUUCCUGUAACAAGUCCUUCAAGAAACUCUGUUCCCUUCAUGAACAUAUCAAGAUUGUCCAUGGAUAUGCAGAGAAAAAAUUUGCCUGUGAGAUUUGCGAGAAGUUCUAUACCAUGGCUCAUGUACGGAAACACAUGGUUGCACACACAAAAGACAUGCCAUUCACAUGUGAGACCUGUGGAAAGGCUUUCAAGUGCAGUAUGUCACUCAAGGUGCACUCCUUGCAGCAUUCUGGAGAGAAAUCCAGAUGUGAGAACUGCGAUGAGAGGUUCCAGUACGAGUACCAGCUCCGUUCCCACAUGAGCAUGCACAUCGGGCACAAACAGUUCAUGUUCCAGUGGUGUGGCAAGGACUUCAACAUGAAACAGUACUUGGACGAGCAUAAGAAGACACACACUGGAGAGAAAUCUUUCAUCUGUCAAAUCUGUGGCAAAAGUUUCACCAGUCGACCCAGCAUGAAGAGGCGCCGCAGUACUCACACAGGUGAGAAGCCCUACCCCUGUGAAGUGUGCGGUCAGCGGUUCCGCUUUUCCAACAUGCUGAAGGCCCACAAUGAGAAGUGCUUCCGAGUGACCAGCCCGGUGAAUGAGACGCCAGCUGUCCAGAUCCCACUGGCCUCAGCUCUAGCUGCUCCCGCUCCAGCCCACAAAAUCACUCCCACCAGCCCAGCCCCUGCAGUCAGUAUGAACCCCUUGGGUGGCACGCUUCCCUCAAGACCCAUCCCGCACCCUUUCUCGCACCUGCACAUACACACGCAUCCACACCACGCACACCACUUCCCCAUUCUUCCUGUGCCUCACCUGCCCCCAUCUCCAGCCCUCUUCAAGAGUGAGCCCCUAAACCAAGAAGCCAGAGCGAGGAUACCUUUCUGA